UACAUUGAAAUAUUUGAACAACCCAGGCAAAGGGGCAUGCGUUUCCGAUACAAAUGUGAGGGAAGAUCAGCAGGCAGCAUUCCCGGAGAACACAGUACUGAAAACAAUAAGACAUUCCCUUCCAUACAGAUCCUGAACUAUUUUGGAAAAGUCAAAAUAAGAACAACACUGGUAACAAAGAAUGAACCCUACAAGCCUCAUCCUCACGAUCUGGUUGGAAAAGAUUGCAGAGAUGGCUACUAUGAAGCAGAGUUUGGGCCAGAACGGCGAGUCCUGUCUUUUCAGAAUCUGGGCAUUCAGUGUGUGAAGAAGAAAGAUCUGAAGGAAUCAAUUUCUUUACGAAUCUCAAAGAAGAUUAACCCUUUCAAUGUGCCUGAAGAGCAGCUGCACAAUAUAGAUGAGUACGAUCUCAAUGUUGUCCGUCUCUGCUUCCAAGCUUUCCUUCCUGAUGAACAUGGCAACUACACGUUAGCUCUUCCUCCUUUAAUUUCCAACCCCAUCUAUGAUAACAGAGCCCCCAACACGGCAGAAUUGAGAAUUUGUCGUGUGAACAAGAACUGUGGAAGUGUAAAAGGAGGAGAUGAAAUAUUUCUGCUGUGUGACAAAGUCCAGAAAGAUGAUAUCGAAGUCAGAUUUGUCUUGGACAACUGGGAGGCUAAAGGUUCCUUCUCACAAGCUGAUGUUCACCGCCAAGUUGCAAUUGUGUUCAGAACACCACCAUUUCAGAGAGACAUCACUGAGCCCGUCACGGUGAAGAUGCAGCUGAGAAGACCUUCAGACCAGGAAGUCAGUGAACCUAUGGAUUUCCGAUACCUACCAGAUGAAAAGGAUCCAUAUGGAAACAAAGCAAAAAGGCAAAGAUCAACAUUGGCUUGGCAAAAGCUCAUACAGGACUGUGGAUCAAAUGCAACAGAGAGGCCCAAAGUACCUCCAUUCCCUGCUCCUGAAGGGAAGCCGAUUAAGAAAGAACCGAAAAUGUUUUCAUCCCCACUGAUGAUGCCAGGGUUUCUAACCAACACCAGUCAGACCUACCCUCUCUGCAACCAGAUCCAGGCAGCACCAGGGAGGCCAGGGAAGCCGGACUCACUCUCCUCAAGCUGGCAGCAGAUGUUCAGCCCCUCUCCCUCUGCCAGCAGUCUGCUGGGCACCCACCCGCAGAACAGCUUUGGGGCAGACAUGUCGCAGUCCAAUGUUACCCAGGGCAGCAGCUCUCUCCCAGCUUUCCAUGACAACCCUCUGACCUGGCCUGAUGAGAAAGAUUCAGGCUUCUACCAGAAUUUCGGCACUGCCAACGAGGUGGGAGUGGUGUCAACUGCAGAUGGGAGGAGCAUGCCUAAUAACAGCAUCGGGCACCAGGUGCAAACCACCAGCAUGGAGACUGAUGACAUGAACUGCACCAGUAUCAACUUUGAGAAGUUUAAUCCAGUGUUAAACACGAGCAAUCCCAGGCAGCAGCUCCAGCAGCUGCCUGCAUCUUGCCCGUCCUUUGCAGCCCUGAGCAGCACGCCUUUCAACCUGCAGCCUAAUUUAGCUGAUCCGACAGUUUACGGUUAUUUAGACCAAGAAGUUUUAAGCCAAUCGAGACUAUCCACCAACCCCAUCCCAACCCAUCCAAAUAGCAUUGCAGAUAACCAGUUCUAUGACACCGAUGGUGUCCACACUGAUGAUCUCUAUCAGUCUCUGCAGCUGGAUAGCAUUUUACAAAACUAUAACCACUGA